GCCUUGGCAGCAUAAAGCCGCAUACAUAUAUUCCCAUCAUCCAUAUUAACUCGCUCUUAUGCAAUAACACCACGCCCACCUCACAUCGUAUCUAGCUCCGGUCACCAAUACCAAGGGAGGCCAUGGAGGAGAGCCAACAGCAACAACCACAACCGCAACAACUGAAGCGGCAGCCGCAGCAGCGGCGAGAAGAGCGACCGCGACGCAUUGUUCUUCCUCCUCCCGAAGAUGAGCGUCGCCCGCUGCUCAGUCGGCUGUAUACCGAUCAUGGCGAUAACGGCGAAGGCACGUUUAGUUGCAUGUCAAACCCGCAUAGCCACCUGCCUGUGUACACAACCAUACACCGUAUCCGACGCGACGUCAUGACUGUCGUCGAAGACUAUCUUAGUCUCGAGCAGCUACGCGAUGUGCGCAUCAACGUCACUGUGGUCACGCCUUUGGUUGAUAAGUUUUAUCAGCUCAACGACUUAUCUAUCAUCUACUGCUUGUUGGUCAACCGCGCGCAGUUCUUGGAUGAGGAGUCGCAUUCUAGCAAUCGUCAAAACGUCAACUGGACGCGCGCAACCAUGUGUGAGCUUAUUGCCACGCGUAUCCUUCGUCGCUUUGGUGAGGAUCAUGAGGGCAAUGACGGCCUGCUUCUCCUGUCCCAUGUCCUCGUCGCAAGCUUUGAUCCCUUUCAGAACGCGCCGCGCUAUAUUCGGGAACAGGCUGAGAGCAACAUGUGGCGCGGCCAACAUAGGGCACUGCCGUCUCUGGAAGUUGCCAUCUUGACGGAAAGUAAACAUUUCCUGAGCUCUACCACUUGUCAAAGGGUCAUCUCUGCCAUCUAUGAGGGCCGCAUCAUUUAUACCCCAUCCACACAGUGGAAUAUCAUCCCGGAUUACUACAAGCUGAAGCCCAUUUCUAUAUACGACCCCAGGGAUUCGCCCCUGCUCAAUCAGUAUCGUUUGAUUGUUCCUAGAACCCGAAAUAUUCUUGAGUCGAUCCAGUUUGUCAUUUUGCUCUCUCUUUAUAUUGCGAUCAUGAUAGUCCGCGACAAGGAGAGACUGACUUGGGUCGAAAUUUCGUUUAUGAUUUACUCUUUCGGCUGGGGGUUGGACCAGUUUGCUACACUAUUGGCCCACGGGUGGAAUGUCUACACACAAAACCUUUGGUCCUUCCUCGAUGUGACAUUUAUCCUCAUCUACCUGGUGUAUUUGACGUUGCGAGUCCAUGGGUUCAGAACUGGAAGUAUAUCCCCUGCCGAGCAGGCAUUUGAUGUUUUGGCACUUGGUGCGCCAGUCUUGAUUCCGCGUCUGGCAUUCAACCUCAUGUCGGAUAAUCUGGUAUUCCUCUCGCUUCGAUCGAUGAUGGCCGACUUCUUCCUCCUCACUGCACUUUCUGCUUGGUGCUUCUUUGGAUUUCUACUCUCGCUUCUUUGGCUUGGCGAGGGAGCCCACCCCAUGGGAACUAUUUCCAAGUGGAUGAUUUAUAUCUGGUUUGGAUUAGACGGAACCGGAAUCCAGCGAUCGACUGAAUUCCACUGGCUGCUUGGACCCAGCAUCAUGGUUGCGUUUGCAUUCCUUGGAAACACACUCUUCUUGACCAUCUUGGUGUCCAUGCUGUCAAAUACGUUUAGCAACCUUUCUGCCAAUGCAACCGCAGAGAUUCAGUUUCGCAAAGCGGUACUCACUCUCGAGGGCGUUAAAGCAGACGCCGUGUUUGCAUAUCAACCGCCUUUCAACCUCGUGGCUGUAUUCCUCUUGCUUCCCUUGAAAUUCGUCUCCAACCCACGCUGGUUCCACAAGAUUCAUGUCGCUACCGUGCGUAUGGUGAAUCUUCCGUUGCUUCUCAUUAUUGCUGUUUUCGAGAGACGUCUACUCUGGUCUACGUUUAAGGAACACUCGCCUAAGCGCUUUGUUAAGAAAUGGUUCUGGCAGAAGUGGCAGCUCUCGGCUCACAGAUACAUACGUUCCGUCUUCGACGAGCCGCCUCCUGAGGAUGUCCACAGCGAAAUCACCGUAGACGACGAUAUGACGCAGCAUCUGAUCCGAAGGCAAUUCACAAGAAACAACAACGAUACGUUUCGACUCCGCAAACCUUCUCGUCGGGACUCAAACUUUCCUGGCAUCCGCAAAAAACUGCGCAAGUCGUUCUCAGACAGCACCGAGGAUGUGGUGAGCACAGCUAAUAAAAUGGAGGCAGUGGAGAAGUCUAUUCGCCGUAUGGAAAUGAUGCUUGCGAAACUUUUGCCCGAGGACGAAUGCGCGAUUGACGACGAGGAUGACGACGACGUGGACGAUGAUGAGGAAGAAGUUGAUGAGGAAGCUGUCGAUGAGAGUGAUGAUGGCCAUGGUUUGGGUGAAAGCAGCACGUUAAAGAACAGCACCCAAAAUUCUCAGGGAGAUCUAUGAGGUCCUGUUGUAAUAAUUUUGGAGACUAUUCUUCGAACAGAAUUUCUUUAAAUAUAUAUAUAUAUAUUUCUUGGCGAUAGCGUGCUUUAUAUACUUUAGAUUCUUU